AUGCCAGCACGUAAAACAACUGCUCGUUAUUCUUUAUAUCGUACUUUUGUUGAUGCUUAUAUGAAAGCACAUCCUGAAAAAACUCGAAGUAUAUCACAUUCAGAUGCUCAAGCUGAAUGGAAUCAAUUAAAAACAAAUGAAAAAAUUGUUCAAGAAAAAAUUGAUACAUAUCUUGAAAAAUAUCAUUCAAGUAGUACAUCUGGUUUACAUAUUAAUAAAGAUGAAAAUGAACCAAAAAAAAAGAAAAUUCGUGGACGUAAAAAAAAAUGUGAAACAACAAAUGAAAAUGAAAAUAAUAGUCGUGGUACAAAACGACGUAAAAAACGUGAAGAAUCAUCUGAUCCAGAUUUUGAUCCUGAUUCAUCAUCAGUACCACCACCAUCAUCAUCAUCAAAAUCAGAAAAAAUUCGUACAGCAGCUGAAAUUCUUGCUAAAAAAUCAAAAGCACCAGCACAAGAUAAAGUUUCAAAAGAACUUCAUGAAAUUAAUGAACGUAUUAUACAAUUAGUACAAGUUAAAAAUAUGGGUAUGGCAACAAAUGAACAAGAAAAACAAUUAAAAAAACUUUUAGUUGAACAAAAAAAAAAAUCUAAUGAUUUAAAAAGACUUAAAGCUGAACAAGCAGCAAAAAAACGUUAUCGAGAAAUAAAAAAACGUAAAAUUGAAGCAUUAUGUGAAAAAAAUCCUGAAUUAGCUGCUGAAUUAAAUAAAAUUUAUCGACCUGUUAUUGGACGACCACCUAUUGAAGAAGAAUGUCCAGAUUUAUUACAAAUAAUUGAAGAAAUUGCUAAAGUUGGUGGUGCUGCUGAUGAUAAUCGACGUUCACAAACUAUUCGUCCUUGUUUAACAUUAGAUGAUUUACGUGAAAAAAUUAAAGAACGUGGUUAUGAUAUUAAACGAUCAACACUUUAUUAUCGUUUAUUACCACAUCGUGUUAAUUCAGUUGAUGGAAAAAAACAUGUUCGAACUGUUCCUGUUCGUCUUCGAAAAGCUCUUAAUGAUGAACAUGGCAAACAUGAAGAUGGUCAUUUUGCAACAGCAACAAUUCGUUAUAUUAAAGAUUUAGCUGGUAUAUUUGGUAAUGAUGUUGUUUUCUUUUUAUCACAAGAUGAUAAAUGUAAAGUACCUAUUGGUUUACCGGCUGCAAAAAUUCAAGCACCUAUGCUUAUGCAUUUGGAUUAUCGUGUUCGUUUACCCGAUCAUGAUUGGACUGUUGCUCCUCGUCAUCAAUUGACACCAAGUGUUUAUGCUGCUUGUAUGAUGAAUGAAAAUAAUGAUGUUGGUUAUUCAGGUCCAACUUAUAUAGCUAUUCGUUCAGCUAAACAUGAUCGUAGUGAUGCAAAUAGUCAUGCAUGUGAUUUUGAUCGUCUUGUUGGUCUUAAAGAAUUUGAAAAAUCAGUACGUGAUUAUACAGGACAAGUUAAACCAAUUGUUAUUAUAACAGUUGAUGGUGGUCCAGAUGAAAAUCCACGUUUUCCUAAAACACUUGUUGCUGCAAUAAGAAAAUUUCGUAAAUAUAAUUUAGAUGCAUUAUUUGUUCUUACACAUGCACCAGGUCAAUCAGCAUAUAAUGUUGUUGAACGUCGUAUGGCACCAUUAUCACAUGAUUUAGCUGGUUUAAUAUUACCACAUGAUCAUUUUGGUACACAUUUAAAUGAUUCUGGUGUAACAGUUAAUCCUGACUUAGAACGAACAAAUUUUAAAAAAGCAGGUGAAGUAUUAGCUGAAGUAUGGUGUGGUUCAGUUAUUGAUGAAUAUCCUGUUGUUGCUGAAUAUAUUGAUCCACCAGUAUCAACACAAGAAGAACUACGUAUAAUUGAUGUUAAUCUUAUUAUGAAUAAUAUAUUAGAUUGUGUAUGUGCAGAAGAAGAAGCUGAAGAACCAAUUGAACGUCGUAUUCGACAAACUGAUGAAUAUUAUCAAGAAAAAGUUCGUGCACCACGUAUUACAACUGAUGGAGAAUUAUUACGAGAUCUACCAAAAUAUGAUCUUGAUGAAUAUUGGUGUGCAACACAUGUUCUUCAAACUCAAUAUACAAUUCAAAUAGUUCGUUGUAAUUCAAUAACAUGUUGUGGUCCAUGGCGUUCAAAUUAUAUACAAAUAUUUCCUCAUCGUUUUCUUCCAGCACCAAUUGCAUUUGAACGUACACCACGUGGUAUUGCUAUGGCUGAACGUGAUUAUCAAAAAGGUAUUUUUUAUGGUUCAUUAAUACAACGUAUACAAUUUCAUGGUGUUGUUAUGCAACAUACACAAAAUGAUAUAUUACCAUUUGAUUAUUGUUGUUCAAGUGUACGAAAAGAAUUAAAACGACGUGUUUGUUCAAUAUGUAAACAAUAUAUACCAUCAGCAUAUAGAAUGAAAAAUCAUUAUAAAAUUCAUCAACAACAAUAUGCAUCAAAUUGUCUUGAUUAUGAUGAAAUAAUGUUUAAUAAUGAAAAUAAUAUAAAUGAAAAUGAUUAUGAUGAUUCAGAAAUUCUUAGUAAUCAACGACCAUUACCAGCUAUAUCAGAUCCAUCAGCUAAUGGUGUUGUUAUUUUUUCGGAUAUGUUGGAUUGGUUAAAAUCUGAUUUUGAAGAACUUGAUUUAAAAGAACAAGUUAUUAAACGAGAAGAUAAAAAACCAAUGCGUUAA